CAUGACCAAAAGCCCAGGUUUCAAGAAAGGCGGACUAGGAGAAUAUUAAAGGAACCGGUAUUCUUUCAGCUCUCGUUCGAAGUGGUCCGAACGGAGGCAGAUGGUGAGAAAACGGUGCUCUACAAAAGUGAAAUGUUGAAGAAUGCUUCUCGAGUGGUUUGGAAGGCGUGCACAUUAUCUUGCCAGGAGAUCAGUGAUGAAGCCUCAAGGCAGCUGGAGGUGACUUGCUAUUUCAAGGACGAGAAAUAUCGUAGCACCAUCGCUGGCGGCUUCACCACAACACACCGCGAAUUGCGAACCGUUCAGGAACCAUUUACUCUCACCAAUCCCCUUUACAAAGGCGGCCUGAAGGUUUGCGGUCAAUUCGAUGUGAUCAAACGCGCCGAGCUCACUAUCUGCUCUUUCUUGGACUACAUCAGUUUCGGUACCAUAUUGAACUUCGCGUUCGCUAUCGACUUUUCGGAUGCCGAGGGAGCGCAAGACCACGAAUCACAAGUGAAUUUCACCGACAACGUGGAGUUCGCCAUUCGCUCAGUUGGAGACACCUUUGCUGACUACAAUCGAUCGAACGCCUACCCCGCCUACGGUUUUGGUGCACGAAUACCCCCCUUUAUCGAGAAUCGCACGAGUUUUGCCUGCUCAUUAGCUCAAUUGCAGAACCUCGAAACGGAUCCCACGUGUACCGGCGUCGACGGUGUGGUGACGGCAUUCCGAAACACCUACGUACAGGCACAACCGUGCACAACUGCACAGUUCUCUCAUGUGAUCUACCAUGUUUGCCAAGCGAGUUCACUGUGCCGACUGCCACCACGGGCAACUCGUCCGGAAGAGCUCUAUCAUACUUUAGCCAAUCGCUCCCAAAUACACGCUACUCGAAGUGAGCAAACUCGACCGCAGUAUCACAUUUUAAAUAUUAUUACCCGAGGCGCAAUCGACGACGUCAAAGAGACAGUUCAGGCUGCGAUUUUCGCUAGCAAGUGCCCUAUAUCGGUUAUAUUUACAGGCAUUGCGAUUGGAAUAAAUUUAGGCAUUGGCGAUCGAAAUUUGGACGAAAUCGAACGACUCGGCGCAGGUGGUAAGCGGCUUAUCUUCCAAGGACGAAGGACUGAUCGCGACAAUUUGCAUUAUGUGAAUAUGACAAGAGUGCUACUCGAAAGUGACGGAUCAGCAGAUGAGUCGAAAUUGACGUUGUCAGAGAAGUCACUGUUUCAAAUUCCGCGGCAAAUCGCCACCUAUUUCACGAAAAACGGCAUUUUGCCGAUGGAACGGCGUGACACUCCUGCGGUGUUGCUCACAGCGCAAAUGUCGGAAACGAAACUUGAGAGUUGCUUAACCCUUGAGAGUUUGAUUUCGAGGCAGAAAACAGUGGACACCGUGUAUCGGUCUUCACCGGCUUUGGAAAAUGACGAAUAUGAGCCCUAUGGACGGGGAGCUUUUGACCAAGGUUCUCAUGACAUACCUGUAACACCGGUCCCAUCAUAUGUUCAAGAAAACUACGAGAAUGUCCGAAGAAAACCCCCGUCUCUCAAUAGAAAUCUUCGAUCGAUGACAAUCACUGGAGAUGGUGGACGACGGUACUAA